AUGAGGCCCCCGCGCUCCGCUCCCGUCCCCGGCCUCAUCGUGGGGCUCAGCCCCUCGCCGCCGCCCGCGCCGCCCCCACUGCGCCUGCGCCCGCCGCACAUGCCAACAAGGAGCGGCCGGAUUGGCUGCCGCCCGCCGGGCCCCAAGCGGCCGCGGGGCGGGAGCAGCGGCGCCAGCAGGCUGACGGGCUUCGCCGCCGGCCAAUCGGGGCGCGCCGCCGGCCCGCAGCCCGGCGCCGAUUGGCCCUCCGCCGGCGCCUGGGGGGAGGGGAAGGCGGGGCUGAUAGCGUUAGCUGGGGCGCGCGCCCGCCGGGAGGGAGGCGAGGGGACGGGAGGAGCGGGGCGAGAGCGAGCAAGCGAGGGACAGCGGGAGGCGCGUGCGCGCGCGCGCGCGCGCCCCGGGCUGAGGGGAAAGGUAAGGACACGUCGCGCGCGCCCCCGCCCGCCCGUUUGCCUCCACGUCAGGGGCGCGUCGCCGGCGCUAGGACCGCGGCACGCGGCGGCGGCCUCGCGGCGCGCGCCGGGCGCUGAUUGGCCGGGGGGAGGCAGGCCGGGCGCUGAUUGGCCAGGGCCGCGGCGGGCGCCGGGCGAGGGAACUUCCGGCCGCUUCCCGCCAUGGCCGCUGUGGAGAGCGGCCGGCGGGGGGGGUGGCAUGGCCGGCCUCUUCCUCGCCCGCACCGGGGGCGAUGAGGAGGAGGAGGAGGAGGAGGGCGCGGGGGUGGUGCGGGAUCUGCGGGGAGAAUUCUCGGCGGCGGAGUCUCCCGCCGCGAGCCCGGCGCCCCUCACGCGCAACGGCGCAUGCGCGGAGGGCGGCCUGAGGCGGCCGUCGUCGUCGUCGUCGUCGUCGUCGUCGUCAUGGCGGCCGUGGCCGGCCCGGCUCCUGUCGGUGGCCUGCGCCCUCCUCUUCGUCGCCCUCCUCGCCUUCCUCCUGGCCAUCGUCUACCUGGUCGUGCAAGAGCUGCGGGUGGAAACGUCAAAGACCGAAGAUGGUAUGGAGACUGGUUUAUUAGGGUUCUGGACUCUACUUGUCAUAUCUUUGACAGCAGGAUUCUCAUGUUGCAGCUUUUCAUGGACAGUGACUUAUUUUGAUUCUUUUGAACCGGGCAUGUUUCCUCCCACUCCUCUUUCACCGGCACGAUUCAAGAGACUGACCGGUCAUUCUUUCCACAUGGGCUACAGCAUAGCGAUCCUGAAUGGCAUUGUGGCCGCUGUCACCGUCGCCUGGUCCCUCACAUGAAUCAACACUGGGUCAAUCACGUCGUAGAAACGUUUUCUGCCAAAUGCACAUAAUCGACUACAAACAACUUUUUACAACCCUGAAGACUGCCUUCUCCAGCUUAAAGGCCACGGGGCCUGCUGUCCAUGCAGAGGUUCAGAUUUACAGCUGAGUUCUGGGUUCUUUCUGCUUUCUCAGAUGCCGUUUUGAGAAGUUUAACCUUGUCUCUGUACAUUAUGUAGGUAGUUCCCUGAGUGUCGUUUCUUGAAUCUUCAUAUUUGGAUUUAAGAUCUGAGUUGGAAAAGACGCCCCCGAAAUGUGGGAGUGAUGUUGCAGUUAUUUGAACAAGUGCUGGUAACAUAAAUAGGAAAAGUUUUCUCAGUGGCACACUAUUUUAGCAAACAAAACAAUACCUCCUACUUUGAUGUUUUUAAAUUUAAAUGAAAUCGGUAGAAGUGACCAGUAGUCAGAAUGACUUACAAAAUUCACUCACUGAGCACGAGCUGUAUUUGUAGAAAUGUUUUUCUCCAGUGUUUUGUUUCUCCGUAAUGUUUUUUCACUCUAUUUUCAUACUUUCCUAGGGUGUUUGGAAUAGUGCUCUUCUUAAAUAGCUGCCAAUUUAGGGUUUUGCAAACAAAAAUUUCAUUUCAGAAUUUAGUAACUGGUUCAACUUGAAUAUUAUCACUUUUUAUUGAAAGCCUGGGUGUUUAAAAUGUCAUUUUUUAAUCGCACGGUCUGACCUUAUGUUUUUUUGUGCAUUUUUACUACUAAAAGGAACCUGAUUUCCUUCUAAUACAUGAGUCGGGAACAAAAAAGGGAAAGCAGUAUACACGGGUUGAGGCUGUCCAAGGCAAAAUGCCUAUCUGUCUGAAAGAGAAUUGCAGAAUCCCCAUUAGUGUCACCAAUAAAAAUGAAAACCGCCUCAUUUUUAACCCCCUGAAAUGGGAAUUUGGGAACAGGUGCUUUCUGUGGCAAGUGGAACAUCUGGACUCCUUUGGCUUGGAUGUAAGAUCGUAUCCUAAUUGCCCGAGGAGCCGUCCCCAUUAUUCUUUGGUUCACCUCGAAAAAUUUGAAGGAUUUGCCACUUUUGAUUUCCCUCAGCCAACUCCAUCUGGGAAUAGAAGAAUCAAUCACGUUUUCUCAGCUCUCACUGUGUACUAAGUGCUUAGGAGAAUAAAAUUUAUAUCAAAGUUGGCAAACCUGUUCCCUACCCACAAGGAACUUAAAGCCUAGAGUAGGGGAACCUUGAGGAGGUUUAUUUUAUUAAACAAAACAUCGCUGUCUCUGAAACCCUGGUUUUGUUUUUUUUGUACCAGAGGAAGAAACAAAAAUGGUAGCAGGAGUUCCAACAGAUAACCAUCCCAGCCUCCUUCCUUGCCUAAGAUCCCUUUACGGGGAGUCAGGUCCAAAGGUGCUCUUCAUCUCCACCCUGUCACAUCUUAAAGCCAGGGCAGGAGCAGGGAAGAACAUAUGAAAAACCCGAAAUGUGGCGAUAGCUAGGUCCAAUGUGCUGGUUGUUCUGGGAUGGUCUCUGACUGAAGCAGUUCCAGCUAAAAUAAGACGUAAUUAUCCCCUCUUAACCAGUCAGUGCCUGAGCAAUGCUCAUGGAGAAUGAAAAGGAGCCAGGCUAGGCACGCUACUGGACUGUCAAGGAAAAAAUGUGCUAGUUUGCUAAAGACUCUCCCUCAGGGACACAUCCACUCGUGGAUACAAUCUCACUGUCAACUGCAUCGCCUUUGAACCGAAGCACAACUCUAUACAGCUUGUCACCGUAGUUUAGGUUUGGGCAUAUUUGUCCAAAAAUGGAUUUUUCACAAUGGAAAAAUUCCCUCAAAGUAUACGCUUACCCUCUUGCCGUGUUAGCCACUGUGAUAAGAGGUAAGGGAGAUAGAAAACUGGGGUUGAAAAUAAUUACUUUAAAAUGUGUUCAUAUUGGUAAACUUUCAGCCAUGGUCUAUUUCUACUUCAGUUCUAAAUUGUCUUUGUUUAAUUCAAGUCCUUUUGUGGUAUUUAUUAUAAACUUGGAACAUUCAUGCCAUGAACACUAUCAUUGUUUCUACUUUAAACACAAAUUGAAGCUGAAAGUGAUAAACUUAGUGUCAAAGCACUGAUAAUAAACUAUUUGAUAUUUA